GGCCUACUUCAUUUUCACGUGGUUUGAAAUUUUGAAUUAUCGGCAUGGAUAUUGUACUUUUAUAAUUUUCAAUGGUAAAUGUUAAUGAACUAAUUAACAAUGCAUAGGCUACUGUCGGCAAAGAACUUGUGUCAAAAUAAUUUCCACGGUGUUACAUUGCCAUCAACCAAUACAUUCAAAAGUAUAUCACUCUCGCAAAUAAAAUGUUCUUUUUGUCGGAAAGUCCUUCUAACUUCUCAUUGUACAGAAAACUUAUUUCUCGCUCGGCACCAGUCUACAAGAACGGCUAAUGCUGUGAGAUCUCUUAAGAAAAAAACCAAACAUAAAAGUUACAAAAAGUAUGGUGAAUUAAUGCAAGUGAAUGAAACUAGUAUGACUGAAAUGAAGGUAUCAAUAAGCAAAUUAAAUGCAUCUCAUCUGUCAAAACUUGCCUCCAGCCCUGUUUCUUUGGGACAACUGCAUCAACUAACAACAAAAUCAACUAAAAACAUAGAAGUUGAUAAAGAGCUCCUUCAGUCUGUUAGAGAAAAGAUUUUGAAGAAAGCCAAGUCGGAUAUUAAAUUGGAAGAUGAUAAAUGUGCACUUAUAUUUACUAAUCACAAAAUUACAAGUUUGGAAGAGAGGUUAAACACUAAACAGUAUAUUGAUAUGGUAAAAGAGAGUUAUUACAACUUUAGGAAAGCCACAAUAUAUGAUCAGAGGUUACAAGACCUCAGAUAUGCUAUAAAUGAAGGCUUGAAUCAAGAAUUUCCUUUUGAGUCCAGUAAGUCUCAGAUGGUGAACUCGGAUUCAAAAUCAUUACCAAAAAGUCCACACACAGUAUUUAGAGAGUUGUUUAUUGACAAACAGUUAGAUAGCUAUGAUCAGGAGCUCAUGAGUCAAAUUACAAACUUACAGAUGCAAGGUUUAUCUCAUCCUGCCAUUGAAGAAAUCUGUGAUGAUUCAGUGCACACGGAAAUUGGAGAUGUCAAAGAAGACUUGAGCAUUGAUAGUGAAAUUUCCCAUAUCAAUAGUCUGAAUGUUAAGAAAAUGCAUCAAGCAAUAAAACAAAAAAAGAAAAAGUUGCGUGAAAAACGCCGCGCCGCCAAGGAGGCGAACAUGAAACAGGAUAUGCGAGAAAUGGAGAGGCGCGGUAAAGAGGAAUCGCUACAGAAGUUACUAACAUCUCAUUUGCAACUCCUUUGCUCUCUUGAUAUGACAUUGGAGGGCCGGCAAGUAUUACAGUAUUAUAGAAAGAGGAAUGCAAGGGCCCCAGAACACCCUAAAGUUUCCAGUGUUAAAGUUUAUAAUACUCUUUUACAUGGAUUUGCUUCACUGGGUCAACUGGAAAAUGUCACAGAAUUACUAUCAUUCAUGUCAGAAGAUAGGGUGGAGCCUAACGCACAAACAUUUGCCGCAGUAUUUGAAUGUGUUGAAAGAAGUAAUUUAGUAGAUAAGAAUUCAGCAUUACAUUGUUACCACACACAAAUGCAGGAACAGGGUUUAACACUAAAUGACUUAUUAGACAAAACGAAAUUCCUCCACAACCAACGUGAAAUGGUACUUAAGGCAGUGCGUCGAUUAGAUCCACAUUACGAGCCAAAUUAUACCCCCCCAGAACUAGACUACGAUUGUCCUUUACUUGAUAGAAUAAGACUAGAUAAUGUUGAAAAUAGAAAGGGUUUGAUGACAUCCCCCGCAAAAGGGUUAUUGACCUUAGAAGAUUUGAAGCUCAAAGGCAAAGAGCAGUUGGCUAUGGAGAUGGCUGGGGAGAUUGAAGUGCAGAAUAUAGCUGUUAAGGAAGAAGCGACGACGAAUGUGGAGUCAUUUAGAGAGAAGUACAAUGAGAUAGAGAAGGAGUGGCGCAGUGUAAUCCACGAGGCGUUCGAGCGCAAUAUGAGCACACUCAAGUCACGCAGCAACGCCUCACAUUCCGCCAUCACGCUCUAUCCUUACUUGAAAGUUCUACAGGUUGAACAAUUUGUACAGUUGAUAAUGAGUGAAAUCAGUAAACUAGUAGACGGCAGCGAGUCAUACAGCCCCACGUUGAAACUAUUACAGAGGGACCUAGGAACACAAGUUUAUAACAAAUAUCAAAUAGAACAAUACCGACGUAACGGCGUCCUAGAAAAGAUCGAACAGAUAUACGAGAAAUAUUGCAAAUGGUAUCUCGAAAGGCAUCCAUUGGAUGAUACGCACAGACCGUACAACGGACGACAAGCUUGGCAGUUACUUGUGCACCAGCACAGAGAAGGAGCCAGUUUGAAUAUUGAAGAAGCUCCUUGGCCAAUAGAAAUUCGUCAAAACAUUGGAAAGUUUCUCUACAACAUAAUAAUAAAUGAUGUUAAAAUCGAUGUCAAUAUGUUCAAACAGAAAGCGAAAGUGAAGAAGCUUCCCGCAGUAUACAAAGUGCACCGACCUUGGGGCAGGCUGGUGCGACUAGAACUCAAACCACAUCCGGCUCUAAGUCGUUUGUGGGCGUCGGCCGCGCGCCCACAACUCAAAAUGCGCGCAGCCCUGGCGCCCACGAGGGCCCCGCCCGCCCCAUGGCUUGCUCCCACGGCCAAUGGCGCUUAUCUACUCACUGCAACGCCUUUGGUCAGAAUGCCGUACUACGUUAUGGCUCAAACCAAAAGGCUGGAGGAAGCGUCUCCCGCCACGCUGUACCCGGUGAUGGACAGUCUGAACCAGUUGGGUGAAGUGCCGUGGGUCAUCAACCAACCAGUACUGGAUUUGCAGAUGAAAAUUUUCAGGUUAGGGGGUGACAAGAAAUUGGACAUCCCACCUCCUUCGUCGUCUUUGGAUUCUUCGCAAUGGGCGGGCGUGGGCGGUGACCAGAGCCCGGCGAGUGCGAUGCGGCGACGUGUGGCCAUCAAUCGCGUGCGAGCCGAAAUGCAUUCUCUAUGGUGUGACGCUCUUUAUAAGCUAUCUUUGGCCAACCAUUACAGAAACUGCCUAUUUUGGCUACCUCACAACAUGGAUUUCCGUGGACGCGUAUACGCGGUGGGCCCGCACGUAUCGGUGUUGGGAGCUGAUGCGGCGCGCGCUUUACUCCAACUCGCCAGUCAGAGGCCGCUCGGACCUAAGGGCUUGAGCUGGCUCAAACUACACGCUAUCAACCUCACUGGCACUAAGAAGCGAAGCACCGUUGCCGAAAGACUCGAAUAUGCAGAAAGCAUCAUAGACAAGAUCCUGGAUUCUGCUGACAACCCGCUGGACGGAGAAGGCUGGUGGAAGAAAUCAGAGGAGCCUUGGCAGACGCUAGCAUGCUGCAUGGAGAUCGCUAACGCAAUGAGGUCGCCCAACCCAGAAGAGUACAUGUGCGGUUUCCCCGUACAUCAGGACGGUUCCUGUAACGGUCUGCAACAUUACGCGGCACUAGGUGGUGACGCGUCCGGUGCGGCUGCGGUUAAUUUGGCGUCGCGCGACAAACCGCAAGACGUAUACAGUGAAAUUGUUGCUCUGGUGGAAAGCAUGCGAGUCCGGGACGCGGCUGCUGGAGUGCCCGCUGCUAUAAUACUGGAGAACUUCGUGCGACGGAAGGUCAUCAAGCAGACCGUCAUGACCACUGUGUACGGAGUCACCAAGUUCGGUGCUCGGUUGCAGAUCGCCAAGCAACUUAAAGAUAUCGACGACUUCCCCAAGGAUCAAGUAUGGGCGUGUUCGCAGUACCUGACGGCGCGAACGUUUGAUUCGUUACAAGAGAUGUUCUCCUCAACCAAACUCAUCCAAGAUUGGUUUACCGACUGCGCCAAGGUGAUAUCGGGCGUUUGCGGCGAAAGUGUCGAGUGGGUAACUCCAUUAGGGUUGCCCGUGCUGCAGCCGUAUUAUCGUCGCGGCUCUCCCACGGGUAACGCCGCGCAACAUUCGCCUGCUGCCCCUAUUGAUCUGCACCAGCGUCCGUGUACAAUGAAGCAGCGCAACGCGUUCCCGCCGAACUUCAUCCACUCGCUGGACUCGUCGCACAUGAUGUUGACGGCGCUACACUGUGAAGCGAGCGCGGUCACCUUCGUGUCCGUGCACGAUUGCUUCUGGACGCACCCCGACACCGUCGACCAGAUGAACCAGAUAUGUCGGGAGCAGUUCGUGGCUCUACAUUCGCAACCGAUUUUGGAAAAUCUAUCCGACUUCCUCGUAAAACGAUACAGUUAUCCUGAGAGUGAGCUUGAAGAUGGCACCGUAGGCGCGGCGAAUAAAGGACGGGUGAACUUGCUGCUAAAGAAAGUGCCAGAAAAAGGGAACUUUGACAUCAAAAGUGUGCUGGAUUCAGUUUACUUCUUCAGUUAGUUCUAGAAUAUUCCGUGAAAUGAUAUGCGACUGUGAAUACAGCUGGUCAUGUUGUAAUUAUUUUAAAUUUAAGCUUUCGGCCGUUGUAUGGAAACUGUUGACGCAAUUUGAUAUGGUACAGAACCAUAAUUGAUAUGAUGUGACGCUACAAUAUGAAUUUUGUUUAUAACGUGCAAUAACUGUCAAAGAACAAUAAUCAAGAAGAGCAAACGACGCUUUUUGAAACAUUGUUAAAUAUUUAUUAUUGACUUUAAAAAGUUAAUUUAUUAUGGCAUUUCAAAUAUCUUCAAAAAUAGAGAAAUUUAUAAUUAUGUAAUACGUUAUUUGGGGUUACAUUAUCUCCUAUUAAUAUGCAGAAUGAAAAUGUUUUUAAAAUUACCUGAUGUGGUCUAUAUGUAAUUCAAGUAUACAGAUAGAUAGAUAGAUAAAGUCUUUAUUGCGCAAAUUAAAAGUGAAAACAAGAAAU